AAUAAAAAUCAAUAAAAGUAAUAUGAGCAAGUAGUUUUCAUCAAACCGGAUAUAUUUUCGCGUUACAUUUUUGGCUAACUAUUAGGAUUUCCGGAUAAAUUUCUUAUCCGAACCAGGACUGCUUUUUUGGAUAAUAGCACUAGUGAGUAACAUAUUGCAAAUAAUUGCAUGAUAGCAUUAGUUUAAGGCCUUCUGCACAAUUUUUCAAGGAUGUCACGACCAGGCGGUACAAGAGGGAGCGGCAAGAAAGGUCAGACUCCAGGCACAUCUGGGACAAGACAGAGCAGGGCAGGGUCAAUCAGGUCUGGCAUGACUCCUAUAUCUGAGGGUGAUGAUGCAGAAACGCUUGGAACUGAGCUGUCUGCAGUGAUGCCUAGAAAGAGGUAUCAACCUCCUCCUGGCUACUACAGUCCAUCAUUGGCAAGGUUCGAGCAAUACCUGGAGGACACCCAGGUCCAGGUGAUCUUCAGAAAACUUCUUCAUAUCCUUCUCAACAGACCGGAGCUUCCGUACAACCCUUACCCAGGAUUCUAUGGGAGGUUAAGGGUUCACCAAGAAAGAUUCCAUCUUGAAAAGCAUCCAAGGCAGAGAAUCCUUGCAUCCUUGAGAAAUAUUCUGAAAGACACAUACAUACAGAACUUGUACACCAUCCAGAACUACCAGAAUGUUUGGGGUUUGAGUAGUAUUUUACGAGUGGUCAAUCCUGAUGGACUUGAGAAGUAUCGUUGGUUGAUAAAUGACAUUACACCAAAACUUGACCAGUUGCCGUCUUUUGAAGGGUUUUCUAAUCAAGUUAUGGUAGCCCUGAUUGGACCAUGUAUUUUUGAUGGCUCAUUUUAUCCCAGUGUUCAUAAUGUGCAGUUUAGGUUAGAAUAUCUUGUUGCUGGGCCGGAUGUUGAAAAGGGUAUAUCAAUAUAUGUGAACAGUUUGAUGAAGGAGAUAGAUGACAUGUUUAACAGUGAACAUCAUUUCCUACUGGGGGUAAAUGUCCCCUCCAUGAGUCUUACCAACCCUGACAUGUGGGUAAAACACUACUGGGAACCAGAGAAAAUACAGUCUGAAAAAGAAACGUUUCUGCAGAAGAUAAGUGAUGCAGUUAUUGGUAACAGAUAUAUCUUUGUCGAGUGUAUCUUUCUUCUGAACCCAUCCUAUCCAUCAUAUAUAAGGGGAGAGAAACAGUAUGGAUUGAACUUUGUGGAAGUUGUUGAUGAAAUGCGGGAAGAAGGAGGUAAAAUCUACAGAAGACGAAGAAAGAAAAAGUUGGCAAGUUUCUGUGAAUACCCAAUGGCAUCCCUGCAUGAAGGUGUUUUCUUCGAGAGGUCGCAAGCAGAAGCAUACAUUUCAAUCUUCCAGACACAGAUGGAUGAUUUUGAAACAGCGGACGCAUACGAAGCUGGUGAAGGUGCACCACCAAGGAGUCCGGGUCUGGCUUCUUUAGGUCAAGGUUCACAAGCUCAGUUGACAUCAAGGCAGUCUCGAGCAGCCACGGCUCAAAGUAUGAAUCGCAGAUUCUCAGUAUCGCAACAGCAAGAUGCCCACCAGGUACAGCAGCAUGUGCAUCGACGUCUCGAGCACGUGAAACCACGGAAAGUGAAGAUUGAUGGGUUUAGAUUUGGAGAUGAGAAAUCAACAGGACCAUUUGCAUGGCAGAUAACAACUCCUAUCAAAUCCAAUUACCAGAAGAAGAUAGCCAGUUACUGGAGAGAUGUGGAGUUGUUUGAAAUUCUCUACUGUAUCAUCAUACUUGUUAUAAUGGAUAGGGAGUCGUAUGAUGAUGAGAUCCUGGUUGAGGCAUACAGACUGUACCACAGUACAUCAGGGCAUUUACACCAUCUUAUGGAGCACAAUAAGGGACUCCGAGCUGUUAUACAAGCCGUUGCAAAUACAGCUGACUAUCCAGUGAUCAGGACACUUCUACAACAAUACAAUGAAGCUGUUCAAAAGUUGUUUCUCAAUCCAUUGUUGGAGAGAAGUCAGGACCAUAUGACAAUUGGAAAAUCCAUUUCUGCCAAAGUGGAUGAUAUGAUUUACUCACCAGACAUGGAAUUUGCGUCUGCUACUCAUCUACAGUUUACUUUAAGAGGUUUAAAGAACAUAAACUUAUAUUUAAUUCCAUUGAUGAUGGAACUGGCAGAGGACAGUCGCUCACAGUGUCCAGAAGUUGCAAAACUUAUCAGAAUGAUGGAAGAUACAUUUCCGGAAGAGGAUCCCAGACCCCCUACCCGCUACAAGAAAAGGGUCACCACAUCAUUUCAGGCUGGGGAAGCAGAAGACGUACAGGAUGAAAUAAUCAAACAUGGUAUUGAAGAUGAACAUAUCAAAAGACAUGAAACUUCAGUUUUGAAUGUAAAGACUUGUAUAGCCAAAGACAUGUCUCCACAGGUCAUGGUCAAAGAAAAUGUCCUGAUGAAGUAUAUGUUAGAUUGCAAGUUUGAUGAGAUGUGGAGUGAUUACCUGAUUGACCUUGCAGGAGGUGACCUUUUCCCGCCAAAUCCUUUCCCAAGACUUAUAUCCUCUCUUAGACAGUGCACAAUGAAGAUGGAUUUGUUUUAUGAGAAGGCAUCAGUUCUUACUGAGAAGAUGUUCAACUUGGAGGUAAAACUGGAGGAUAAUGAGAACUUUGUAUACCAUAUUCCAGGAAUAGAUGCUCAUGGUACUUUGACUGCAUUAAUGAUGCUUGACACAGGAACUUACAUUAUGCUAUCGCAGAUCUUCCGAAGUUUUCAGCAGAGAUCAUAUAUACAGAAGAAAGGGCCAUACAGGAUUGGGAUAUGUCUGGCCCUGAGUGGACCCAGUAUCUGGUAUGGGAGACUACAGCCAUAUUUAAAUGAGAUAGAAUUGCAUGAACAUUAUUAUAUACAAGGACCUUCAGGUUGUCAAGGGGAGGCAAUGCAACUUUGUGCAGUUAUAGUCCAUAACCAUAUGGUGGAUAUGAUCACCAAGUCUGGGCUGCCUGUAAUGGGUGUGUAUUUUGGUGAUCUUUCACCAGACCAUUGGACAAGUGAAGAUGUGCUCGGAAAGAAGAGAGGAUUUCUUACAGAAUUUGCCUAUACAUGCUCACAGAAACAAGCAAUUUAUGCCAAGGCUUAUGUACUUGUUGAUGGCUGGAGAUACGUGACUCUCAAAAAGUAUUUCCAACUUCAUUUUUUGGAAUCAGGAUCAAGAUCUCAGACAUUUUACCCAGAAAAUCCAGCUGCGUUCUACCAGUCUGUGUUCUUAACUAAGGAUAGAGCAGCAUUCCAUUAUCAGAACAGCGGCCCUCCACAUGAUGGCGACCCGAUGAGUAUUGCCAACAUGCGGGCAGUUACUAACUUCAUUGAGAAGAAUAUGUAUGAAUCUCAGAGGAAAAGUGAUUGGUUAAAUUAUUAUCGUCAUUUACUGCUCAGGGAUCUUAUUUCACAGGAUCAGAGUCAUAUAGCAGAUUGUUGGAGAGUGUUACACAGUAUGGCCGGACAAGUGGAAUAUGUUGUUGGAAUGAUGGAGGUAUUACAGGACUUGGUUCUGACCCUCCUUCAGGCCGGAGUAGAUGACAAAAAACAAGCCAGCCGACAAAGCAGUAGGGGCAGCACACAAGGCAAAAACCGUAAGAACCCUGUGGAACAGCCAGCCCUGACUAAAAUGGUAAUGGCAUUUUACCAGAAACUGAUGUAUGUAUGUGAAGCUAGAUUGACAAUGGCUGCUAGAUCCCUAACAGACUAUAUAGAGAGCAAACUGAAGUCAGCCCUGGAAUUUGAUCCUGGAACUGGACAACCUUACCUCGCUAUUGAAGAUCAGUCGAUAUUCCGUCUGGAGGAGAUGAAGAGUAUAAUGAAGAUAUUUCAGGACACACUCAGUGGUGAUAUACAAAGCGUCUGUCAGCAUGUCCAGAUAAAAUACCAGCCACAGAGAUUACAAACACCAAAGAUGCAGAUAGGAGAGUCGUUCAAGAAGAAAACACCACGCACACCUAGAACCAGAGGUUCUGUGGGACAAACUAGGGGUAGUAAUGAUCAGCCACUGGACCCGUACCUAACACAGCCAGAUGUUUAUCACCAAACCUCUAGACCCGCUAGUGUAGCCUCCAGUAUUCUAGACAACCCUGACUAUUAUAGGAAAAAACCUGCAAACAUGAUGACCAUUAGAGAGAAUGUAUAGCAAUGACAAAGGCAUUCCCUUGGCUUCGGUGUCUUGAACAAUCCAAACUUCACCAGGUGAAGUAACAUAAGAAUUCUUCUGGUGUAACUACCAUGCCCAGGAAAUCCAACUUUCAUAGGUGAAAACUCUCUUAUAUGAUGGCCAGCAGAGGAAUUGUGUUACCAGGAUGUUACUUUUUUCAUUUCUUGGAACAGCAAAAGAAAUUAUAGUAAAUGUACUACAAGAGUGACCAGAAAAAAAUCUUCCAUCAUGUUUGCUAGGCUCUUAAAAAUGCUCUUCAGUGUUUUAUGUUAGUGGAUUAUCAAGUGUAUUUUGAAAGAAUCUUGAUUUUGUGAAUUUAAGACCUAGUUUUGAAACUGUUCAGCUUGGCUGUUUACUUGAAAAUUGAAUUCAGAAUGUUUAACUAUCCCACUGCUAACAACAGACAGUAGUUUUAUUGCCAUUGAACAACUUUUGUCAGGAUGUAGUAAAGAAACUGAAAAGUUUAAAUGUGGUAGUGUAAAGAUUUUAAGAGAAUUAGGUAACUGUUGUGGAUUUAUUUACAAAUGUAUUACGUUAUAGACAUUUUGAUCUCAAUACUUUAAUGCCACACUGUUAAGAUUUUACUUUAACAACAGUUUUGUCAAUCUUUAACCUGCUGGCGGCAAGUGAUUUUGCCUUUGCGACCAGUGUAGACCAAGAUCUGCCUGCACAUCUGCUUGCUAUUCAGUCAGUAAAUCUUCAGUGAUCACACCCCUUUGAAUCAGAAGUGGUACUAGCCAAAUUGAAUGAUGGACAAGUCCAUUUUAGAAAUUUAGCAGGCUAAAGGUUAAGAAAUGACAGUCUAUUUCCAGAUGUAUUUGCACUCCAGAUGUGUCAUUUACAGACAUUUCUGAAAGAUUAUGGAUAUUAAUCUAGUAGGCACAUCAUGUUUAAACUUCUACGGUGAUAAUCGCCAAAUAGCCUGAAAUCCUGAAAAUUACUGUACAGUAUUUUAUUUUUUCUUGAGAAUCUGGCAACUUAUUCUUUAGGAUGACCUAUUUUCGAGCACAGCUAACUUUUGAGUACUGCUUUCCUCCUCGAGAAGAAAAAAUGGUUAAUUUUUUAAGAAGUUCGCAGAUCUUGAAGUGACAAAAUUAUACUAUACAUCAUUUGGUUUUAGCUUUUUACACAGUUAGGCAAGGCACAUGUUCAGAAUAUGACUAAAUUGUCAAUAAAAAAAUUGGUGUCCUGUGACAGAAAUUUCACUUUUAGGAACAGAAUACUUUGAAAUACUCACCAUAUUUUAUCACCAGACCUUGUCAUGCUACAGAACUUGAGUUUAGCUUCCUUUCGGAAUUUCAGGAUAUCGGUAUCAUUGUUGUUAAUUUAUCUCAUUAUUACUUAUUGUUAAUCUAUCAGAUAGAUACUGUUAUAUUUUAUUUAUUAAAUGCUUACACUUUUAAAAAAAUGUUUGGAUAUUUGAUUAUAUAUUUUUUUAAUAAAAGUGAAGUAUAAAUGCUA